AUGAAAGGAGGUAGUGGCGGUUCUCUUACAAGUAAUUUGAGGGCUGAAGAAGGAGUAAAUGGAUUGCAAGGUGCAAAAGGUGAAGUCGGUACGGAAUCUCUAGCACCUGCCGCUCCUCCAGCUAAACCAGCAGCCCAUCCUUCUGACGCUGUGGAAGAGCAGGAUCGUGAACAAGGACAUGGUAGUAAAGAGAAGGAUUUGUUACCAGUAGAUAACUCUAAACCUCAGCAGGGUGGAAACCCACAGGAGUCAACAAAUAAGGAACCUCAGGUGCCACGAGAUCCGCAAUCUUCCAGUCAACCCAAUGGGAACCAUGAACUUCCACAGAAUUCCCAACCUCAACUGCAGGGACCAAUGCCUACAGUCCAAGAAGAGAGCCAGGAGAAGGAGCACAAUGCAGAAAGCCAGAGUGGAUCAAGUGGAAAUACAUCUACUAAUGAUAUUCCAGCAACAGAAUCCUCUUCCUCAGCAUCUACUGCAGCUCCUGCCACAUCUUCACAAGAAGAUACUGGUGAUAAUAGUGUUACACCCAGUGAGGAGGAAUCAACCACCAACUCAACCACUACAACCACCAACACAACAACAACAACACUUCCUCUUGAACUCACAAACGACAAGAAGGGUGAUGCAGACAGCAGCAGCAGUAUCAGCAGUUCUGUGUGGGUGCGUGUACCAUUACUGAUUGUGGUUACACUGGCCUGUAUUCUUGUGUGCUGA